AUGGUCAAGAAGGGCGCUGCUUCCAACGCAUGGGAGGAUGACUGGGAGACCCAAGCCGACAGGCUCGACGACCAGCCGCAGCAAUCUGAGCCUCAGGUUCCGCUCAGCAAGGCAGAGCGCCUGGCCCGGCACGCUGAGUUGAAUCGCAAGCUGUGGGAAGAAGCCGACUCUCCAGCACCCCUACACUUCAUCGACUCUCAGCCUUCCGUCCCCCUAGCUACUGGCUUCAAGCCCCAAGUCAAGGUCCUCAGCCGCAAGCCCGCACCGCAAAUGAUCGCACGGCGCGACCCCGUCACCGGCCUCUCCCAGCUCUCCCUUGCCGAUGACGACGACGACAAGGCAACUGAGAAGAAGCCACAGCUCACGCCGGAAGAAAUCAGGGCGAAGCAACAGCGCGAACUCGAGGAGAAGCAGCGUCGAUAUGAGGAGGCCCGCGCAAAGAUCUUUGGGGAGUCAAACCCUUCCUCUGGCGCCUCGAGCCCAGGGACCGUCACGCCGCCUAGAGGGCCAGGCGAUGGUGGCAGGGGCAGCCAGCGCGGCAGGGGCCGUGGCCGUGGAGGUGGUCACAGAGGAAACUCGAGCAGGCAGGAAGACAGACGACCCGUCAGUAGGCCUGACGCGGGCCGAUCCGAGAGCGGCCGCGAGCUCUACGACCCCAAUUUCGCCCCCAGAGGAGGCGUCUCUUUGCAGAAACGUGGAGGAGAUUCUGGUCACCAGUCUGGACGGUCGACACCUAGGGACGACGACCAGCCGCGACAAGCGAUCAGAUCACCACGCGGGCCGGAUGGGAGUGGAAGAGGAGGGUUUGGCUUUGCCAACAGAGGCACCAGAGAAGGUUGA